AUGGGAAAGCCCCAAAAGUCCAAGGAGGAUCCCAGGUUCGCCUCCUCGCUGUAUGAUCCUCGGUUCAUUGUCCCGAGCUUGAAAAAGAACAAAAUUAAAGUGGAUGACCGUUUCUCCAAGGAAGAAUUAAAGAAGUUAAAUGUCACUGCUACAGGACGUAAAGUUAAGGUCGACAGAUAUGGAAGAAAAGUGAAGAAGGAUGCCGAUGAGGUUUACGACAAGUACUUUGAGGCGGAGAAUAGCGAAGAGAAGAAGUCCGAAGCUGAAGAGUCUGAGGAGUCUGAAGAGUCCGAGGAAUCUGGAUCUGAAGCCGACAGAUCUGAAUCUGAAUCUGACUCUGACUCAGAGUCUGGAGAAUUCAUUGAUAGAGCCAGAGGUGAAGGGUUACAAUCUGACUCAUCGGAGUCUGAAUCUGACUCUGAGGCUGAGCUUGAGGAGUCUGAGGUUGAGGAAGAUCAGAAGCCCGAAGAAGGUGAGCCUUCGGCUACUUUUGCCGUAGUGAACUUGGACUGGGACAACGUCAGAGCUGUGGACUUGAUGGCUACGUUCGCAUCAUUUGUACCAAAGGGUGGAGCUAUAAAGAAUGUCACCAUUUACCCAUCGGAAUUUGGAAAAGAACAGAUGCAGAAAGAAGAGAUAGAGGGCCCUCCAAAAGAGCUUUUCAAGAGCAAGAAGAAAAACGACCUGGACUCUGAUUCAGACGAAGAACUUGACCUCACCAACAAGGAGGACUUGGAAAAAGCGGCUCGUAAAUUGUACGAGGAAGAUGAUGGAGAGGAAGACUAUGACUCCAAGGCCUUGCGAAAGUACCAGCUCCAGAGAUUGAGAUACUACUAUGCUGUUGUAGUGUGUGACUCGGUUGGAACUGCCAAAAAUAUCUACGAUAACUGUGAUGGAUCUGAAUACGAGUCCACAGCCAACAUUUUUGACUUGCGAUACGUUCCUGAAGGCAUGGAGUUUGAUGAAUCCGAGGCAAAGGAUGUUUGCACCAAGAUCCCCUCUUCUUAUCGUCCAGAUUCUACUUUUGUGACGGAUGCAUUGCAGCACUCUAAAGUGAAGCUCACAUGGGAUGAAACGCCCAAGGAGCGGUUGACUUUGUCCACGAGACUGUUCUCACAAAAGGAAAUCGAUGAUAUGGAUUUCAAGGCAUAUUUGGCUUCGGAUUCGGACGGCAGUGACGGCGAGCAAAACGAGGACUUGAAAAAUAAGUACAAGAACCUUUUGGGAGGUAAGUUCUCGUUUGACAAGGGUGCUGAGGAGGAUGAGGGCGAUGUGGACAUGGAAAUCACAUUCAACCCUGGAUUGGAUGAGAACAAGCCUGCGCCAGAGCCAAAGGCAGAAGAGGAAGAAACAACUAUUAGCGCAUACAAGAGAAAGGAGAAGGAACGGCGGGCCCGCAGAUUGGAGAAGUAUAAGAGCCAGGUUGCAGCCCAAGAACAGGAAGAAAAGGCUGAGAAGGGAGACAAGAAAAAGAAUAAAAAGAAUAAGAAGAGAGUUGACGAGUCUAGCGAGAAGAGCAAAGCUGAGUUGGAGCUACUUAUGUUGGACGAGAAUAACGAGCAAGAUAAUGCCGACCAUUUCAACAUGAGAGAUAUUGUCAAGGCGGAGAAGCGCAAGGGCAAGAAGAAGGGCAAGAAGAAUUACGAUAGCGAGCUUGUUCAGGACAAGUUUGCUGCAGACUUGAACGAUCCACGUUUUAAGGAAGUGUUUGAGAGCCACGAGUAUGCUAUUGACCCUAACAGUAGCGAGUUCAAGAAGACUGAAACAAUGAAGGAGAUCUUGCAAGAGCGGUCAAAGAGACUGAGAAACGAGGACGGAAGAAAGAGUAAGAGGGCCAAGACCACCAAGAAUGUGGAUGAGUCUUCCUCAUUGAACAAUUUAGUGGAGAAGUUGAAGAAGAAAGGAGGUAGGUAA